AUGGACAGCUCUAGAAACAUCGUUUGGCGAAGGCCACAUUAUACAAAUGUCAGCUUCCCAAUCUGUGUGGACUCCGUUUUGAAUGACGGCGUUCUCGUGUCAGAACAGGGAGUCUUUGGAAUCUACUCAGGUUCAGGCUUCAACUAUACCCACCGGUUCAUCUGCGACGCCGACGAAUCUCCUGUUCUUUUGUCAUCGAAUCAGGUCCUCAGCCGUAUGGGAGUACACCAAUUACCCUUAUUUUUGAAUACAUGGCAUGCGUACUUGGAGAAUAAGUUCGACUCCUCUUCUAACUUGUAUCCUAAGUAUAACUACUCUAUCUAUCCAUUUGUCUAUUCCUUCAGCACGGCUGCGGUCAUUACGCUUUUCCUAACUUCGAUUCUCUUCACCAAACACUACAUCACCGCUUUCAAGCCGAGCUUUCUAAUGAGGUCUUCUUGCCUUGUGGCCACUGCUCAAAUGAUUGCCAUUAAUAUAUUCUCACUGGUAAGGCUUUCUCAGAUGGCCGAGGAGGGUAGCUCAUCGGCUGCUACGUUACUGGAUCAACUUCUCUUAUCCAAUGGUUUUAACUCUGUUUAUCUUAUUGCAUUUGUGCUUCUUCUUUUGUGUCAGGUAGACAUUAUAAAGAGAAUAUAUCUUAGAAGGAAGGAAAAGAAAGCCAUAGUUGUCAUUGGUACUGUGUUGGUCAUAGUAACACAGACUCUUUGGGGCAUUUCUACCUUUGCAUCCGACUCCGACUAUCUUGAGCCUUUUUUAGUUGGUAUACAGGAUGCGGUGCAUCUCGAAUCGGAUGUCUCGCUGGAUGCCGAUGAUAGUGCAUUGGCCAUAUUGCCUGUCUUUGUCUAUCUAUUGGAGAUUACCUUGUCUGUCAUCUACGCUGCCUUAAUAUGUGUCUACUGCUUUUCUAAGCGACGUUUUGCAUUCCACUCUCACAUGCUAUCGCUCACUAUCAUCAUGAUUAUAGCUAUAAACUCCCCCAUAGCAUUCUUUAUAGCCGACAUCUCUGACAUUUGGGUUAACGAGCUCUCUGAUAUGUUCAAUGUAGUAUGUUAUGUCAUAACCAAUGUCACCACUUGGGAAUGGUUGAAUCGUUUGAAGCAGAUGGAGAAACAUGAUCAGAAGGACAAUUUGUUAGGAAGACCUUUUUUUGCUGAUAAUUACAUUAAAUCUAGUACCAGCACCAUCUUAGAAGACAGUACUCAGGAAAGGACCGUUUCCGAUGGUGAUCCAAAUGAGUUUGCUUAUUAUAAUUGGAAAUCAGAAAACAGCAAAUUAAAGCACAUGUUCUCGAAGUAUAGAGCUAUAAUCGAGAAGAGAUUGGGUAAUAAAGUGACUCCAGAAGUGCAACCAUUGAAUUCUCCUUCAGCCAAUAUCUAUGUGUAUCAACCAAAGAAAGUUGUUAUUACGGAUAAGAGUCCCAGCAAAGAUGAGUCGAUAGGAGGUCCAAGCUUUUUUGGUAGAGGUACGGGAAAUGCGCUGACCAGUCGGCCACCCAUCGGAUUUCACUGGAUGGCUGGUAAAUCCUUUAUAUAUCAUGAGAGAAAUGUGAAAGAGCACCAGGUGAGAACGGUUCAAGAAGACAUGAGUUUCUGUCAAUCCGAAGAAUCGGAUGGCAAUAUUUACAGUUAUAAUUCGGAUGUUGGCUCUGACACUGGCUCUCGUAAUGAUGGUAGCAGUAUUGGUACUCCCGCCGAUCCGGAAUGCGACCCAUGA